AUGCUUCCCGCGUCGGAGCCCGGUGCGUGGACGCUGGGGGGCAACGGCCGUGUGACGAUCCGGCUCGGCAGGGCGAGGCUGGUCCACACUACCGUGACCGACACGCCGCGCUGGAGCAAGCUGCCUACCCUGGAGGCCGUUCGAACAUAUAACGUGCGCAAGGCGGCAAAGGGUGGCAAGGGCGGCGGCAAGGGCGGUGGCAAGGGUGGUGGCCGUGUGGCGCACCAGACCCACUUUGCGCCGCCGCCCUCAACGCCCGAUACUCGGUUGAGCCGGCGGAGCGACGGCGGCAGAGUUGCGGCCGCCGGCGACCUCACACGGCGUCGAGCGCCGUAG